GGCGCUUCGUGGUGCUAGCUAUGACCACCGGCUAUCUGCCUGUGACCGGCUAUCUCUCUACCUCUACGCUUCACUAGCGACUUUUACUGUUUACAAUACGAGCUGCUUGUGUCUCAUCAGAAAACGUAUCUGUAGGUUGCGUGAAAUGAAAGAAAAUCGUUACUGAAGCAACACUUCAGUCACUGCAGAGGGACCACAAUGGCAAGUGAUGUGUGCAGCCGUGUAAAGGUGGUUGUUCGGGUGAGGCCAACCAGCGAGAACGAAAAGCGUGAAAACUGUCGAAAUGUGGUCCAGGUUGUUGAUAACCACAUGCUCAUAUUUGACCCCAAGGAAGAGGACAUAUCAUGUUUUGGGUCACAAAGAGUACGAAACAGAAACCUCAACAAGAGGGCUAACAAAGACCUGAAGUUUGUUUUUGACCAUGUCUUCAGCGAGAACUCUACUCAAGAUGACAUCUUUGAGAGCACCACUAAAGGAGUGUUGGACGGAGUGAUGAAUGGAUUUAACUGCACAGUGUUUGCGUAUGGUGCUACUGGAGCAGGCAAGACCCAUACUAUGUUAGGCUCUGAAAAUGACCCUGGGGUCAUGUACCGCACCAUGACAGAGCUGUUCAAACGCAUGGAGGAUGCCAAGGAGGAGAAAGAGUUUGCUGUUGCAUUCUCAUAUCUUGAGGUUUACAAUGAACAGAUCAGAGACUUGUUGGCUAAUAGCGGCUCCCUUGCAGUCAGAGAAGACAGCUCUAAAGGAGUGAUUGUUCAGGGCCUCACACUGCACAAGUCCAAAUCUGCAGAGCACAUUCUUCAGGCUUUGGAUACUGGCAAUCGCAACAGGACACAGCACCCCACUGACAUGAAUGCCACCUCUUCCCGGUCCCAUGCUGUAUUUCAGAUAUAUUUAAGACAGCAGGACAAAACUGCCAGCCUCAAUCCUAACGUCUACGUUGCCAAAAUGAGCCUGAUUGAUCUGGCAGGCUCAGAGAGAGCCAGCGCCUCCAACGCCAAAGGGGCACGUUUGCGGGAAGGUGCAAACAUCAAUCGCUCACUCCUUGCCCUAGGAAACGUUAUCAAUGCUCUUGCUGACCCAAAGAGGAAAAAAUCGUAUGUACCAUACAGGGACAGCAAGCUGACGCGGCUACUUAAAGACUCCUUGGGGGGCAACUGCUGGACGGUUAUGAUUGCCAAUGUUAGCCCCUCAUCCAAGACAUACGAUGACACCCACAACACACUGAAGUAUGCCAACAGGACCAAGGAAAUUAAGUCCUCGCUGAAGAGUAAUGUUGUAAACCUGGACAGUCACGUUGGCCAGUAUGCAGUGAUAUGUGAGAAGCAACGGAAAGAGAUACUAGAUUUGGAGAAGAAACUAAAAGAAUAUGAGAAGAACCUGGUGCCCGGGGCUUCUAACACGAUCUCUUCCGAGAAACAAGCAGAGUUUAAAAGGGUGUCAGAAGCUCUGCAGCGAAUCUUCUCAGGCCGGGCCCAAAUCAGGAAAGAACAGCUGGAUCUGGAGAGACAACUGAAGGAGAAUGAGCUGCGCCAGCGGUACAGUGAGGAGCACAACCUGCAGGUCCAAUAUUUCUGUGCCAAAGAAAAGACUGAGAAGGCCACUUGUAAGCACGAGCGGAAGAUUGCCAGCUUACGCGCUCAGCAGCAGCACAUUCGCAAACGUUUGAAGGACACAGAAACACGUUUCCUGGACAAUGACGGCUGGCUUCUUCUUGUCGAGAAGGACAUUAAGCUGCUGAAGUCGAACGAUCAGACCUCAGAGGUGUUAGAUAAGGGCCUACAUUGCCACAGACUGGAGCUGCAGGUUAACGAUCUCAAACAACAUAUCAAGCAGAUGGUCGAACUCACUGCACUGCAGGAUCAGGAGAACAAGCGUAUGCAGAAAAUGGUGGACAUCUUGUUGCCAGCUUAUACUCGACACUAUGCUGCUAUGCGGUCGACCGGGCAGAUCACAGCCGCAGAUGAGAUGGAGAACCAUGAACUAGAGCACCUUGUGUUGAGGGAGAGAGGUGUGGUCUGGGCCGACCAGGAAGGGGUGAGGCAGCAGCUGAAAGCUGAAGGGAAUGGACAGGAGUCACAGGAGACAAAUGAGGUGGGCUGCAGCGAGUUGGCACCUGUCCUGUCUUUCUCACAUCUGCUAUACCACCAGAGUAGCCCCUCCAGUGAAGGAAAACAGACGGAUAUGAAACCGGAACCACGUCCCAGAAUGCCCAUCAGGAGAAAUCUGUCUGCGUCACUGCCACCACAAAGCCCUCGGACCGUCGCCAACGCCCAAGUGUUUGAGGAGGGCCUGUUCCCACUCCAGUGCACACCAGAAACUUCUCAGAAAACUGUUCAGGCCUUGCCACAGAUCUCCUUCAGCACCAUGGAUCCCAACAUGACAUUUGAAAUUGUGGACAAUGAUGAUCAAACCGCAAGUAAUGCAAGCAUAAGUAGUGGUAGUCCCUGUGGAGCAUCAACGUCAACGGACAUCUCGGGUCCCAGCCAACGACUCCAUCCUUCCAGGGCCAAAGAGAACCAGAAUCCUACCAAGAGACAACAGAUCCCGCCUUUACAAGACUUGAGACGAACCAUCCCGACCUACAUGGACAUGACUUCUGCUGCACAAGGAAAGCGUAAAGUUAACUGGACCAGCAUCCAAGAGGAGUUCACACAGGCUGCCUCCGCACCGAAGCGCAUAAAAAAAGACCCCUCGGUGGCCCGCAUACCACUCAGAGUGCAUCGUUUUGCUGGUUCAGAGAACAAGCCUCGAAGAGUUGUGAGGAGCAUUUCUGAAGGAAAUCUACAUGAACCUCAGAAAUCCAAGUCCAUUUUCUAUAAAACAUCCCAACAGUUCAAACGAGUGACCAAACGGAUGUAAAGCAACAUCUAGUUUGAAUCACACCAUUUUUGCCAUUUUCUCAAAACCUAAAAAAAAAUCCUCCAUUGUGUAGGUUUCUCUGACUAAACUACGACGAAAUGUAAAAUAAGUUGCACUAUUUUGUUUAUUCUCACACUGUCGUGAAAUUUUACUUGAUUGUAUAUAAACAUUGUAUAACUAAUGGUAAUCUGUUUAGAUUAUUCUUUUGAUAGUUUAAGGACAGAUUUUUAUCAUUUUCAAGCCUGCGUUUGGCUUUUAAAAUAUGUAUUAAAAUACAUGUACUCACUAACGGCAAGAAAUUAAACGUGUCCUGUGGAUGUUCUGUGUUUUAUGUACUAUUCUCUACUAUUAGUACUAUUCUCUAAAUAAUUAACAGUCUGGUAGGUGAACACAUUUCCUGGGGCAGCUAGUAUCAGAAGGAAGAUUAUCUCAAAUGAACGUAUGGCUGCAAAAAAAACUGAAACUGCUCUACACUGAGCUGUUUGUAAUUUGUAUCCUAUUUUUCUCCUGUACAGUUAAUAAUAUGGGGUUAUAGAUACUUCAUAAUAAAAGUGCUUGUAACAGAAUCUGUGGCUGUUUUUCAAUAAAUAAAUCCCUUUCUAAAAUGUAA